AUGACCCGCUUAGAUCCCCACUUCUAUGGCAAAGUUGGUUCGACGGAGGUCGGCCCUAAAGAUGUCAAGGGCGAAACUCGCAUCCGGAGGAAUACAGUGACGAAAGACGAGAUCGUAACACAGCCCUGGGAAGGUAUUGACACUGUGUACGACAUUCUACUCUACGCGGCGCGAACACAUGGCGCGAAGGACGCUUACGGCUCUCGAGAAAUCAUUCGAACACAUGAAGAGGCAAAGGAAAUCAAGAAGGUCGUCGGUGGAAAAGAGGUUACGGAGACAAAGACUUGGAAGUUCUUUGAACUGAGCGACUACAAAUAUAUGAGCUUCAUCCAAGUCAAGGAGGCGGCAUUCGAAGUGGCGGGCGGCUUGCUCGAACUCGGCAUCACCAAGGACGACGUGGUCAAUGUAUAUGCUGCGACCAGCGCCAAUUGGCAGCUAAUGUCGUAUGGCUGUUCAAUCAUCUCGACCCCAACCGCGACAGCUUACGAGACGCUCGGCGAGUCAGGCUUGCAGCACGCGCUGAACGAGCCUGAAUGCGUAGCCAUCUUCACCAACGCAGACCUGUUGAAGGUCGUUGCCAAUGUCACAGCGAAUGUCCCGUCUCUCCGGCUUGUCAUCUACGAUGGCGAGGCGAGCCCUUCCGUCAUCGAGAAGAUCUCCAGCGUGCGCGAAGGUAUCAAGGUGUUGACACUGGACCAACUCCGUGAGCUCGGCCGAGGGGUCCCAGAAGAGAGGGUGACGAGCAGGACACCUGUGCCCUCGGACGUUGCCUGCAUCAUGUACACUAGUGGCACCACGGGGCCGCCCAAGGGCGCGGUCAUCACACAUGCGAACGCCAUCGCCUCCCUUGGCGGAGUGUACAGGUAUCUCGGGCAUCACCUGCGGCAGGAAGACGCAUUCCUCGCAUAUCUUCCGCUCUCACAUGUGCUCGAAUGGAUCGUAGAGCUCUGCCUAUUCUUUAUAGGGAUGAGGUUUGGAUACGCACGCGUGCGGACGCUAAUGGACAACUCGGUACGCCACUGCCUCGGCGAUAUCCGGGCGUUCCGCCCGACCAUUAUGAUUGGUGUGCCGCAGGUAUGGGAGAUGAUCAGGAAGGGCAUUGAAGGUAAAGUGAGUGCGAGCGGGUCGUUCAGGAAGAGUAUGUUCAACGGGGCGGUCAGCAUCAAGAGGGCAGGCGUCCCGGGCCUGAGCGAGCUUGCAGACAGCGUGGUGCUCAACCAAGUGCGGUCUGCGACUGGCGGGAGGUUGCGCUUGGCGUUGACGGGUGGUGCUGCGUUGAGCAAUGAGACCCAGGAGUUCUUGUCACUUGCUCUUGUUCAGGUACUUCCAGGAUACGGUAUGACAGAGACAUGUGGUAUGAGUGCCGUCUUCCCGCCCGAAUUCUCGGGGCUCGGAUCUGUUGGCCUGCCUGUUCCUUCAAUGGAGAUCAAACUUGUAGAUGUCCCCGAAGCUAACUAUUUUGCAAGCAACAAUCCUCAACAAGGCGAGAUCUGGGUGCGCGGCGCGUCAUUGAUUAAAGGCUACUACAAGCGCGACGACUUGAAUAAUGACCCAAAUAUCUUCACUCAAGAUGGAUGGUUCAGGACAGGUGAUGUCGGGCAGUGGAAUCCCGAUGGUACUCUGCGCAUAAUUGACCGCAUCAAGAAUCUUGUGAAGUUGCAAGGUGGAGAGUACAUCGCUCUUGAACGCCUCGAGUCGAUUUACAAGUCUUGCAAUUUGGUGUCAAACAUUUGCGUCCAUGCUCACGCGGACGCGAAGCAACCCAUCGCAAUCAUUAUUCCCCACGAACAACAGUUACAGUUUGCGCUUGAGACUAAGUCAGUCGGACCGCCUCCGCACAGUUCGAUGCAAGACCUAUGCCAGGACACGCGCGUACAGGAACUUGUACUGAAGGAGUGCCUCGCGGUUGGGAAGAAGAAUGGGUUCAAGUCAAUAGAGCUUCUCCAGGCAGUUGUCCUCACCGCGGAUGAGUGGACUCCUGAGAGUGGGCUUGUUACCGCUGCCCAGAAGGUACAGAGGCGCAAGGUGGCGGAGCGAUACGCGUCAGAGAUUAAGAGUGCAUACAAGCUUGGUUAA